AUGACAAAAUUAUAUUUCACUAAAAUCAAGAAUGGGGUGAUAACUGACCUUUCGUUUAACGUAAAAAGAUUAUCAACUUCAUUUGGUUCAGAAGAAACAGACGUACGAAUAGCAAAUACUCUUCCACAUCAUUGUGAUUUUAUAUUACAAAACAAAGAAGAUGAUCAUGGAUUUCUUUUAAAUUUUAGUAAUCGAAGUGAUGUAACUGUAAACCACUGUAUCGUUCCAUAUUUUUCACAAUUUCAAUUACUUUCGAAUAGUGUUGUUCAAAUUGCUAAUGCAUUGUUUUAUUUUUCAAAAGACAAACCAACAGUACUAUCUCAAAGUAUUGUUGAUGAAUAUUUUAAAACAAAUGAAAAAAUCACUAUAGAAGAUGCAUUUAAAAUGGAUGAAGAAUUAAAUAAAGAAGAGACUCAAACAAUAAAUAAAAAAAAAUCAACAAUAAUUUUACCAACACAAGACACUCAACAAAUUGAAAUAAAAAAAGAAGAUACAAUUGCUCAAACUAUACCAAGUGAAGUACCAAUAGUAGAAACAAAAGCUAGAAUUAUUAAUGACGAUCCAAUAAAACAUAAAUCAAAAAGGAUUUCAAAAAGAAGUUUAGAUCAUUCAGAAGAUGAGUCUUCUGAAGAUGAACCAAAAAGGAGACGUCAUCGAAGAAGAAGAAGAAGACAUUCAACAUCAGAUUCAUCAAGUGAAGAUUCAGAGUCAUCAUCUUCAGAAGACGAUAGAAGAAAAAGAAAAAGAAAACAUAAAAGGUCUCAUUCAAGACAUUCUAAAAGAAGGCACCAUAGAAAAACAAAAGACAGUUCUUCAUCUUCAGAAGAAGAACAACGUAGAAGAAGAAAAAGAAAAGAGAGAAAAAGGUAUUCAAGAAGUUCAUCUAGUUCAUCAAGAACAACAACUUCAGAAGAAAGACAUAAAAGAAGAAAAACAAAGAAAAUAGAACAAAUACCAGAACAAGUAAUGGAACCGGCAUCAGAACCAAUAAUAGAACAAAUACCAGAACAAGAACUUAAAAAACAUAAAACAGCAGAUUUAAUUAAAAAAGAAUUAAUUGAAAAAAAAGGUCAAAUUAUUAAAGAAGAAGAAUUACUUGAAAAAGAAGUUAAAGAAUCAAGAAAUAAAAGAGAUAUACCAAAGGCUUUUAGUAAAUUUUUAGCAAGAAAUACUUUUUAUUUUGGAAGUAAUGAACAAUUAAUGAUAAAAUUUAAGAGGAACAUUUUUAGUAACUGA